UUGGUCCGAGCAUGCACAUCCCGGCGGUGGAGCGUGAUGCCGGCCUCGUUCCCGGCCUGGCGCCACCUUCCCGCCGGUAGUGGCCUCCCGCGGGAGCUGUCCCCACAGCGGCACUCGAGCUACCUGAGGGCAAUGGGGCUGUCCGAUGGGUCCGACCACGGGACACAACAGACACAGGCACUCCUGUCUGCAGCCCAGGAGAUGGAGCUGCGAAGACGAGACUACCAUGUGGAAAGGCCAUUGCUGACCCAGGGGCAGCUAGAGGAUCUGGGGCACUGGGGCCCAGUGUCCAAGACCUACCAGUGGCGAGCCUGGUUUCGAUGCUCCCGUGCUCGGGCCCAUGCUCUUCUGCUCCAUUACGUUCCAGUCUUGGGCUGGUUACCCCGAUAUCCUGUGCGUGACUGGCUCCUGGGUGAUCUGUUAUCUGGCCUGAGUGUGGCCAUCAUGCAGCUUCCACAGGGCCUGGCCUACGCCCUCCUGGCGGGAUUACCUCCUAUGCUUGGCCUGUACAGUUCUUUCUACCCCGUCUUCGUCUAUUUCCUGUUUGGUACCUCUCGGCAUAUCUCUGUGGGGACCUUCGCCAUAAUGUCUGUGAUGGUGGGCGGCGUGACAGAAACCUUGACUGCAGAUGAGGCCUUUGUGCAAGGCUUGAAUGCCACGGUUGAUGAUGCCCGAGUGCAGGUGGCCUACACACUCAGUUUCCUGGUCGGCCUCUUCCAGGUGGGGCUGGGCCUGGUACACUUCGGCUUCGUGGUCACCUACCUCUCGGAGCCUUUGGUCCGCAGCUACACCACAGCCGCCUCUGUGCAAGUCCUUAUCUCACAGCUCAAGUAUGUGUUUGGCAUCAAACUGACCACCUACUCUGGGCCACUGUCCGUUAUCUAUACAGUGCUAGAGGUCUGCUCAAAGCUGCCACGGACUGUGCCCGGCACCGUGGUCACGGCACUUGUGGCCGGAGUGGCGCUUGUGAUGGUGAAGCUGUUGAAUGAAAAGUUAAAGCGGCAUCUGCCCCUGCCCAUCCCUGGGGAACUGCUCACGCUCAUUGGGGCCACUGGUAUUUCAUUUGGUGCAAAUCUGAAUCAAAGAUUCCAGAUAGACGUGGUGGGCAACAUCACCACAGGGCUGAUACCCCCAGUGCCACCCAAGACAGAGUUGUUUGCAAAGCUUGUGGGAAAUGCCUUUGCUAUCGCUGUGGUGGGCUUCGCCAUUGCCAUCUCGCUCGGGAAGAUUUUUGCCCUGAGGCAUGGCUACCGUGUAGACAGUAACCAGGAGCUGGUGGCCCUUGGCCUCAGUAACUUCAUUGGCAGCUUCUUCCAGUGUUUUCCCGUGAGCUGCUCCAUGUCUCGGAGCCUGGUACAGGAGAGCACUGGGGGCAACACGCAGGUUGCUGGAGCCAUAUCUUCCCUGUUCAUCCUCCUCAUUAUCGUCAAACUUGGGGAACUCUUCCGAGACCUGCCCAAGGCCGUCCUGGCAGCCGUUAUUAUUGUGAAUCUAAAGGGCAUGAUGAAGCAGUUCUCCGACAUCUGCUCUCUUUGGAAGGCAAAUCGAAUGGACCUGCUGAUCUGGCUGGUGACCUUUGUGGCCACCAUCCUGCUGAACCUGGACAUUGGCCUGGCGGUUUCCAUAGUAUUCUCCCUGCUACUCGUGGUGAUCCGGAUGCAGUUGCCCCAUUACUCUGUCCUGGGGCAGGUGCCAGAUACGGAUAUUUAUAGAGACGUGGCAGAAUACUCAGGGGCCAAGGAGAUCCCUGGCGUGAAGGUCUUCCGCUCCUCCGCCACCAUUUACUUUGCCAAUGCUGAGCUCUACAGUGACUCACUGAAACAGAAGUGUGGUGUGGACGUUGACCACCUCAUCUCCCAGAAAAAGAAACGGAUCAAGAAGCAGGAGAUGAAGAUGAAGCGGAUGAAGAAAGCCAAGAAGACCCAGAAACAGGCUACCUCUUCCAAGAUCUCCUCAGUUUCAGUCAACGUCAACACCAGCUCCGAAGACAUCAAAAGCAAUGAUGUGGAGGAAGGACCAGCCAAGAUCUGCAAAGAUGUGCACCAAGAGGAGGAGCUGGAUAAUGUGGUCGCCAGCAAUCAAGAUGUCAAGGCCCCAACCAUGACCUCUCUGAAGUCCCUGGGCCUGCCCCAGCCGGACUUCCACAGCCUCGUCCUAGACCUGAGCACCCUUUCCUUUGUGGACACCGUGUGCAUUAAGACCCUGAAGAACAUUUUCCGUGACUUCCGGGAGAUCGAGGUGGAAGUAUACAUCGCAGCCUGUUACAGUCCUGUGGUCACCCAGCUUGAGGCUGGACACUUCUUUGAUGACUCUAUCACGAAGCAGCAUCUUUUUGUCUCUGUCCAUGACGCUGUGACCUUUGCCCUCCACAACCGGAAGCCUGGCUCUAAGAGCCCUGUUUUGGCCACCAAACUGUGACUUUACUGCUGGAGAUUACCUACCUCUGGAGGUUGUGACAGGUCACCCUCAUGAAACUCCUGCCUCUAGGCCACCUCCAGGUGCCACCCAGAACUCUGUUCCAUGUACAUGCACAUAUAACUCAUGGAUGGAUGCCUUGGGACUCCGAGUUCAAUGCUAGAGGCCUGGGGCAGGGUAUUGCAGUCAGGCUGGCCCUGGCUAGGUGCUGGAAGGGAGCUGAUGUGGGUUUACAACUUUGGGAAUAAAUGUGUCUGUCCAACUUCA